UUUGCUGGAGAGUGCCAACGUUGCAUCGGCGGGGCAUGCUCAGCAAAUCCACCGCCCCUAAUCCCCGCGCAAGCCGCUCACGUGCCCGGCGGUGGUGGGGGGGAGGUUUGAGCGCUCGCUUCCCGGUGGUCGUUGAGGUUUUUCUGGAAUCGCCCUCCACGCAACCCACCCGCGUUGGGGUUUGGUUGGGUUUAGCGACGCGCCCCCCCCCCCCCCCCUUCGGAGAGAUGGGUGCGUGGCGAGUUGCGCCUUCCAGCGGGCCACCGGAUUCACGCCGCCGCACGUGGAGGAGCCUCUGCCUGCCUCUGCUGCUUGCCGUGCUGUUCGUGCCAGCGGCUGCUCUGAUUGCGCCUGCCCCGCCACCGGGAGUUCGCGAGGAGUUCUGGGUGGGCAGCGCGCCGCUGUGCUGGGGACACUGCCGGGACCCCUACCGCGCCGUGCAGAGCGACCCCUGCGGAGACGGCGCCUGCUGCUGGGCCGGACGCAAAACGCUCUGCCGGGUGAACUGCGGCCCGCCGGGCCACGUGCAGAACGGCGUCGCGUACGGCAACGACUGGUGGGUGCUGUCCGUGGUGCGCUACCGCUGCGCGCCGGGCUUCGCCAUGGUCGGCGCACCGACUCGGACGUGCCUGCCUGCGGGGCACUGGAGCCCCCAGCCCACCUGCGCACGCGCCUGCUACUCAGGGCUGGUGGACGUGGACGUGGCGGGCCUCUCUGGCGGGUGCCCGCCUCGCUGCCCCGCGGACGCCUUCGACUCGCCGAGCGCCGCGCAGCUCGGCUGCAGCCGCCUCUCCCGCUGCACUGACAGCCGCCACGCGUGGCUCCGCUGGGCCUCGCCGUGCGCCCGCUGCCUCUGCCGCUGCUUCGUCCCGUGCGGGCACACGAGGACGCCUCCUCCCGUGCAAGACCUGCUGGAGGGCGAGCACGUGGAGCCCGACUACUGAAUCCCCCCACCCCCCC